GCGCUUUACAUAUAGCAGACGUAUCCACACAGGGCGCGAAAUUCAUCCUCACUAGUACAGACACAAAGCGAUCUGACCAGAGGGACAGAGUGAGAUAAAGCCCCCAGAACAGACAGAGAGAACGUUUUAGAUACAGACGUGUCCGGCUAACUUAGCCUAGCUCUUUGCAAAUGGACAGUCUGGUUCUCUAACGUGCCCGGUGUAUAGCACCGAUACACGCGAAGCCGUCUUUCCUGGGAAGAACCAGUACAGGCCUCCAGUUAGGUGAGAGACACUCAAGAGCAUCUCAGAAAUUUCCAGUGCCUGGACCAGGAUUCGGACCCCGGACCUCUGGAUUGACAGUCAAGGGUGUUAACACUAGACCAUCGGCCCACCAUAAUAUUAAUAUGUAAACAUUUUUAUAAAAAGAUAAUUAGCUUUGCGUGGAAUAUUAUGCACUUGUUCUUUAGUAGAAUAUUCUGCUCCUAAAGAUGCGCAAAAUUUCCGCUACAGAACUUGGGCAUAUUUCUUAAUACAAAACUAAUAUUCUAUAAUUUAUCAUACAAUAAAACAUUUAUUUAAAUUGACAUUAAAUCUCAUUUUCUGCACUCAUUAAUCCAUUUCCACUACAAGAUUAUCAUAAUAUGUUUAUUUCUUUUAUCAAUGAUGAAUCAGAUAUUCAAAAGAAACACUAGAGCUGCUUUUGAGAAAAGCACAUAUCUCCCACAACUGCCUAAUCAUCUAAAUAGUAAGUCAGAUUUUAUAUACUGUUUACUCACUAUAAAUUUACCUUUGAAGAGUAAAAAGGCUGAUUUUGGGUACUUCGAGGGACAUAAUUCUGAAGUGCCUGGGGCAAUUUGGCUAGUUAAUGAACUUGGCCGAGGAGUCAUGGUCAAAAACAUUUGGUUCAAGUUUGGUGAAGAUCGGAUGAGAACUGUUUGACUUAGAGCACGGACAAGAGUAAAAAGGCCGAUUUUUCGGUAAUCAAGGGCAAUAAUUAUGAAGUGCCUGGGCCGAUUGGGCUAGUUAUUGAACUUGGCCGAGGACUUAUGGUCAAACACAUUAUGUUCAAGUUUGGUGAAGAUCGGAUGAGAAAUGUUCGACUUAGAGCACGGACAAGAGUAAAAAGGCCGAUUUUCGGUAAUUCAAGCGCCAUAAUUCCGAAGUGCCUGGGCCGAUUUGGCUAGUUAUUGAACUUGGCCGAGGACUUAUGGUCAAACACAUUAUGUUCAAGUUUGGUGAAGAUCGAAUGAGAAAUGUUCGACUUAGAGCGCGAACAAGAUUUGUGACAGACUGACAGACACACACACAGACAGGAGUAAAUCAAUAUGUCUCCCACACCACUGUGUGGUGGGAGACAUAAUAAUCAAAUGUUUGCACACCUGAAGUAAUUGUCUAUCUUUGUUCUUCAUUAAUGAAACAAAAUACUAUGGAAGUAUUUAAAAAAUCUACUUUUAGACAAAACUAUCAAACUGUAAACAACAGAGCAAUUAAAGAAUUUCCUCAGAUCAUGUUUCGCCUAAUUAAGUAAAAAUUGUUACCAAUUAAAUUAUUCCAAAUAUUGAAGGGAAUAUAAAGCAAAGAUUUUAACCAAUUAGAUUUGUUUUUCACGCAACAUCGGAGAUACUCCUAUCAAAUGAGUAAAACUGAGACAGUAAUUGUCAUGAGUAAAAUUCACCUAUAUAAAAAGCUUAAUUUUCCAAAAAAAAAAAACAAAUCACUCCAUUGUGAAGUUGUGUUCUUUCAAUAUAAUUUCAUCUGUGUAACUAUUACUGUUAUAUUUCUAUUACAAUGUAAAUGGCCAAAGGAGAGUAAUUUGCUGAUUUGCCAAUAACAUUUGAACUUGAACUUGAACUGUUAUAAUAUCAAGGAAUAUAUUCCAAAGUGUGUUUGACAAUGGAUACCAUGUCAUUGAGUCAUAUUUCAUGUUUAAGGUGCUAUUCUGUUGUUGGCAAGGACACUGAGUUGUUGCUAUGCAACAGCUGUGAGCAGUGGCAACAUAAGAAGUGUAGUGAAGGAGUUUCUGAGAAGUUUUAUUUUGAGUUUUACCUAGCUACAGUCCUUGGUGAGAAACCUACUCAAUGGACAUGUCAGUUCUGCAGUGAAUACCAGUCAAUGGUCAACAAUGAACAGCAGUCUCCGAGUAAGACACAAAAGACCCUACUGCUGAUACCAAACCAACAGCUAUCCCAGACCAGUGAUAACAACAAGAAAUACGACUCUGAUAACAAUGGUUUUGGAGAGUUCAGUCUCAACUGCGAGAUCCAGGAUGUUGAAAGUUUUGGAGAGUUCAGUUUGAACUGCGAUAUCCAGGAUGUUGAAAGGGAAGGGCCUCCAACUGAUAUAUCCACAAAUGACAUCAACACUGACGAAGAAUUAAGUUUUGAAAACAUUUCUACGCCAUUCCAUAUACCAACAAGCACAAAACGUUUCUCCUAUAGCUACUGUUCUGACACCACAGAUGAUGAGGACUCAAACCCUGCACCACUUUCUACUGCAAUUAUACAGAGGCUAACUGCCACAACUGCUACAGUGAAAUCAGAGCCAGGAACCAAAACAACAUCCCCAGCUACUACUCCUAUUGUUGAAUCAGAGCCAGGAAGCAGCACACCAUCCUCAGCUUCCACUCCCUUUGUUGAAUCAGAGCAAGGAACCAAUACAGCUUUCCCUUCUGCAACUCCAGUUGAUGAAUCAGAGCCAGGAACCAGCUCAUCAUCCCAAGCUACAACUCCAAUUGAUGAAUCAGAGCCAGGAACCAGCAUGCAGUCCCAAGCUACAACUCCAAUUCUGGAAACAGAGCAAGGAGCCAACACACCAACCCCAGCUUCUUAUCCAAUUGCUGAAUCAGAGCCAGGAGUCAACAUCACUUUGAGUCAAUCCAUUACUGACAAAGACGAGGUUGUCUUCCAUGAGAUUGAGGCAUGUCUUCCUAGACAGAAGAAACCAGGCACACAACUAGUGUCAUCUGAUGGAUUCAUUUUCCAAACUAAGAUUGAAGACUCAGCUAACAAUAAAACAUACUGGCACUGUAUGGAGACUUCCCCCGAUGGUACAGAAUGUGAGGCCAGCUUAGUGUAUAAUAAACAACCACCAUUUAGCCACGAUGGUGAAAAGGGUCGCACUUGGCUUAUAAAUCGGGAAAAUGGACAAUACAUAGAAAAACAUAAACACAAACUAGACUACAGAGCUGUUGCGAUGGCUAAAGUCAGAAUGAUGAUCAAGAGAAGAAUCUUCCUCUAUGGAGUGCUAGAUGAAGUGCCAACCUCCAUUAUUUCCAACAUCUUUGAUGGUUUUGACCACAAUGGCCUACCCUAUUGUGACAGUAAAGGUAAUCCCGUUCUUACAGCUGUUGAUAAGAAUUACCUCCCUUGCAGUCCUGUCCAGAUACAAGUUCUGAAGAGAUUCAUCCGUAGUCAGAAAGAUUUAUACAAAGAAGAGAAUAAAAAACAAACAUCAUCUUAAUACCAAACUUAACAUUAUGUGGAUAGAACAGGGAAAAAUAUCAAACAGUGCUCUCAGAAUUGGUGAUCACCAUUAACCUAAUAUUUAAUACAGAAAUUUGAAUACACUUUGUGUUAACUGUGAAGCUGUGCUUAUUUAUCACUAUGCCUUAUCUGUUAGUAAAUUGUGUGUUAUCCGGUACCUUUUAUUGGUUCACAAGUUGUAAUUUUAAUCUGUUUGCUUAUUUGUAACUGUAUUUUAUCCCGAUUUAUUUAAUUUGUUUUCACAUUGUACGUCUUAUUUGUGUGAAAGUAAUGAUUUUACAUUGUAUGUCUUGUUUCUUAGUAACCUGAAUUUUUACCCUGUAUGCCUUUUUUACCUGUAAUUUGUGCUUUACCCUGAAUGUCUUGUGUGUAAGUAGUGCUUUAAAACUGUAUGCCUUAUUUGCUUAUUAAAUGUGCUUUACCCUGAAUGUCUUGUGUGUAAGUAGUGCUUUAAAACUACAGCCUUAUUUGCUUUGUUAAAUAUGUUUUACCCUGAAUGUCUUGUGUGUAAGAAGUGCUUUAAAACUACAGCCUUAUUUGCUUUGUUAAAUAUGUUUUACCCUGAAUGUCUUAUGUGUAAGAAGUGCUUUAAAACUGUAUGCCUUAUUUGCUUGUUAAAUGUGUUUUACCCUGAAUGUCUUAUGUGUAAGAAGUGCUUUAAAACUGUAUGCCUUAUUUGCUUGUUAAAUGUGUUUUACCCUGAAUGUCUUAUGUGUAAGAAGUGCUUUAAAACUGUAUGCCUUAUUUGCUUGUUAAAUGUGUUUUACCCUGAAUGUCUUAUGUGUAAGAAGUGCUUUAAAACUGUAUGCCUUAUUUGCUUGUUAAAUGUGCUUUAUUGUGAUAUAUACUUAUCAAGGUCAAAGAAUGGGAACAUUGCUUGUUUGUUGCAACGCAAUUUGUUGGAUUGACGCAACCAUGAAAUCUAUGAAAAUUAGUCCCCUGUAAAUAUUAAUGAUUUUACAGUAUUUCUAUGCUAUUAUGUCUUAUUUUAGUCGUUUUUAUUCUCCUGUAUAUUUUUCUCACUCCUAACUUCUUUCUUGUAAUUACAUAUUCUCAUAAGGUUAUUCGGCAUUCUUCAGAGGUACAUAUAGCUCAACGCGCCCAUAGCUUUCUGUAAAAACCACAGAAUGCCGACAUCGCAUACAGAGAAUAUGUAAAUGUACGGAAAUUGUAUAUUGCCAUUAUGAAACCAUUACCUUACCUUAAUUGCCAUCAUGGGACCAUUACCUUACCUUAUACUGUAAGUGUUUUACUGUGAUUUUUA